GAAAUCAGAUAAAUGUCAGAAAAUUUAAAAAUUUGAGAGAGAGAUAUUGGAGUGGUCCAUGAUGUCUAAUGGAGAGGCAACAAAGUAAGGUAAUGGCCAACGGGGGUAUGAACCUGCAUGCCCUCGUACAAGAACAACCUAAACACACCACCAUGCUUUUACUUUCUUAGCCUAGCCCCCACACACUCCCACAUGACUUUGUUUCUCACUCCCUCCUCUCCCCCCAUAAAUUCCUUCUCCACCCUUUCAAUCCUCCCCCACCACCACCUUCUCUCACAUUCUCUCCCUUGCCCUCUCAAGUUUUUCAAUAUGGCUCUCAAGAAACCAAACAAGCUUCCUCAAACAGCAGCACUGAAGCAAAUCCUCAGAAGAUGCUCAAGCUUUGGGAAGAAAAAUGGCUAUGAAGAAAGAGACGAUGGCCUCCCUGAGGAUGUACCCAAAGGUCAUUUCGCAGUUUAUGUCGGAGAAAACAGAAGCAGAUACAUUGUUCCAAUCUCAUGGUUGGCUCACCCUCACUUCCAAAGUCUACUACAAAGUGCUGAGGAAGAGUAUGGAUUCCAUCAUGACAUGGGUCUUACUAUUCCUUGUGAAGAAGUUGUUUUUCGCUCUCUAACUUCCCUCAUCAGAUGAAAAUGAAAGUUUUGAUGUCGUUUUUCAUGCCAAAUGAAUAUCAAUGCACAUAAUUAAAAUACCACAAAAAAAAAAAAAAAAUUUGUGGUUCAAAUUUAUUAUGAGUAUCAUGUGAUCCGUCACACUUAAUAUAAAUUUCUGUCAAUUCUAAUUA